AUGAGUUUGAUCCCAGGUGCUACUCCUUCCGUCUAUACUCUCAACGCAUCUGAUAACCCAGGUGCUUUGAUCUCUUCCGUUGUUCUGAAUGAACACAACUACUCUGAAUGGGCUACUGAGCUCAUGAAUUCUCUCCAGGCCAAACAAAAACUUGGCUUUAUUGAUGGCACCAUCCCAAAACCUACUACAGAACCUGAUCUAUCUUCAUGGAAAGCUGCUAACUCCAUGAUUAUUGGCUGGAUUCGAACCUCUAUCGAUCCCGCCAUUCGUUCUACCGUUUCUUUUGUCUCCGACGCUAAGGAUCUUUGGGCUAGUCUCAAACAGCGGUUCUCCACUGGCAAUGGUGUUCGACGCCAACUCCUCAAAGAUGAGAUUUCCGCUUGUCGACAAGAUGGACAACCUAUUCUCGCUUACUAUGGGCGUUUGACUAAACUAUGGGAGGAACUGCAAAACUACAAGACUACCAGGGCGUGUACGUGUGCAGCUGCUCCGGACAUUGCUAAAGAACGUGAAGAUGAUAAGGUUCAUCAAUUCCUUUUCGGGUUAGAUGAACGGUUCCGUCCUAUUCGCUCCACCAUCACGGAUCAGGAGCCUUUACCAGAUCUGAAUCAUGUGUACUCUCGGGUUAUUCGUGAAGAACAGAACCUCAAUGCCUCUCGCUUGAAGGAUGCUGGUAAAACUGAGACCAUUGGAUUUUCUGUCCAAGCCGUACCAUCUCUGUCUUCGCCACAGGUCGCUGCUGUCUCUGCUCCUCGACCCCGCGACCGUUCUUCCUUGUCUUGCACUCAUUGUCAUCGCCAGGGACAUGACAUCAGCGAGUGUUUCUUGGUUCAUGGUUAUCCCGACUGGUGGCUCGAACAGAAUCGCCACGAUGGUUCCUCCAACACUAUGGCUCGCGGCUCUCAUGGUCGUGGUACCAAUAACCGUGGGACUACAACUCGCGGUGGUCGCUACAACUCUUCUGGCAAUCGCGGUCGUGGUCGUGCCAAUGCUGUCAACACCCGCUCUCCUUCUACGUCCACUAACUGGGCUUCCGAUUCUAUUGCUCAGCUGAUCUCUCUCCUUCAAGCACAACGUCCGAACACCUCUUCUGAGAAGUUGUCUGGUAAAACUCGAUCCACUGAUGUUAUUAUUGAUACAGGAGCCUCACACCACAUGACCGGCGAUUUACGUUUACUCUCUAAUGUGGUUGAUAUUGUUCCCUCGCCGGUCACCAAACCCGAUGGGUCUGCUUCUCGUGCCACCAAACGAGGCACCCUUACGCUCAACGAUCAAUAUGAUCUUCCUGAUGUGCUUUUUGUGCCCGACUUUAACUGCACCUUAAUCUCUGUUGCUAAGCUUCUCAAGCAUACUGGUUGCAUUGCUGUCUUUACUGACACCUUAUGUUUCUUGCAGGACCGUUUUACGAGGACUUUGAUUGGUGCGGGUGAGGAACGUGAGGGGGUGUAUUAUUUUACGGGUGUUCUCGCGGCUCGUGUUCACAAGGUCGUCAAAGAGUCUUCUUCGGCAAUCUUAUGGCAUCAACGACUAGGACAUCCUUCUACCGGUGUUUUGCUUUCUUUACCAGAAUUUUCCUUUCUCGUUGUGAUCUUGAUGUGCUCAAGAGUUGUGAUACUUGUUUUCGUGCUAAACAAACACGUGACGUUUUUCCAACCAGUCUUAAUAAAACUACAUCUUGUUUUGAGCUUAUACAUUGCGAUGUUUGGGGUCCUUACCGCACACCGUCUUCUUGUGGUUCUGUCUAUUUCCUUACUGUUGUUGAUGACUUCUCGCGAUCUGUCUGGACGUUCCUCAUGGCUGAAAAAUCUGAUGUCUCUCGUUUACUACGUAAUUUUUGUGCCAUGA